GUGGAGCCCCUCGGAGGCGGUGCAAAGGAAAAAAAAAGCGGGCCUGCCGCUCCCGUUGCAGCCGCUGCCGCGGUAACACCGCCGCGGGUUCCGAAGCCGGCGCAGGCGCAAAGGGCCCCACCCGCGGCGAAGGGAAAGCGGGGCGCCGCUGACCGCCUCUUCCCCGGACGGACGGACGGACGGCGCGCCCAUGAGCUGCUGCGAGGUGGUCGUGCUGUACUUUGCAAGAAGUGCAGAAUUGGCUGGUGUCCGAACUGAGACCAUUUCCGUGCCCCAACAAAUAACAUCACUGCAGCUGUGGGAAGAAAUUGUGAGGAGGCAUUCAAGGCUUGCUGAUAUACAAGAUCAAGUGGUCUUUGCUGUCCAACAAGAAUACGUCCUUCUUGGGGAUCAACUACUGGCUCUCCAUCCAGGGGACGAAGUUGCGGUUAUCCCGCCUAUUAGUGGAGGUUAGCCGGGGGAAGACACCCCCCCAGGUUGGUUCCUAUUAGUGAA